AUGAGCGAUGCAGGGGAAGAGAAAGACGAGGAAGACGUAGAAGAGACGGAGCCAGAGGACGAGGGUCCGGAUGACCGGCCGGCACUGAAGUCUACUAUUGCCGCUUUGGUGCGGCAGCUGGCUGUUCUCCAUGCCUCGAGCAAUGUGGUUUUGAAGACACUUGGCUCAAGCAAAGUGUACAAGUGCCGAAGGGAGGUGGUGGCCACCUGGAGCCCUCCCUUUGAAACGUUGAUGAAGGAGACUGCGGAGGAGACAGAAGUGCAAAUCGAUGCUCCGCCCGAGCUGCUGGAGGACGCUCUCGGCUUCAUGCUCCAAGGGCGCCUGCCGAGCCUUCAGAGCGAUCAAAGCGGCAAGGAGGAGCGGCGCCACUCGCUCCUCUCCUUUGCCGACAGAUGGCAGCUGGAGGAUCUGAAGAGUACCUACGGCGAGAUGAUGAUGGGAAGGGAGCGCCUCUCAGCACAGAACGCUGCGUCCUACUUGCAGCUGGGCCUCAAGCAUUCUGUGGCCAACAUCUCCCUGGCAGCAGCUGACAUUCUCGCGAAGUCCAUUGACGUAAAAAGCGGAGCAGUCGCGCACGUGAUAACUCUGGAUGCGGCAUGCAUGCAGGCCAUUCUGGCCAGCGACGAGUUGCACGUAGAAGACGAAGCCGAAUCCUUGGAACUGAUCCAGCGUUGGGCUGCCGUGGACAAGCAGCAGCGCUUACACGAUGUACCGGGUCUUCUUGCACAGGUGCGGUUGUCGCUCUGCAGUUUUCAAUGCUUGAUCGACCUCGUGUCCAACUUGUCCAAAGAUCCAUGGCAAGAAGUCGACGCGAAGCGCUUGAGUUCGAAAGUGCGGAAGGUCGUUGAUGAAAAGCUUGCAGCCGUCACCUCAGAUAGGAUGCGCCACUUCACAAAGCUUCCAGACCCAGAGCAGGAGCAGAAAUUGGCAGCGAUGCUACAUGCCAGCAAGAGCCUCUAUGCCGUCUGA